AUGGAUUUUUCUACAAUAUUUCAAGAAACAAAUGACAUAUCAGCUAAAAUUCAAAAAUGUGUACAAGAACUCUCAUCUUAUCUUAAAACAUAUCCAUUAUUACAAGAGUUAAAUAAUCUAGACACUCUAGAAACAUCGGUUCUUGAAGAUCAAUCACAGUUGAAAAUCAUUUUUACCAAAAUGGAUACACUUAUCACAAUGCUUGAAUGUCUUCGUCCAAUUAGUAAUGAACUAUGCGGUUUAUAUAAGCAUAUUGAUCAGUUGGAGGAACGAUUUGAAAAAUUAAAAAAAGACAUAAAACAGACAGAAAAGGCACUGAAAAAGGCAAAAAGUAUGCUAGAUGAGGAGGAACAAUCAAUUCGUGAGGGGAAGCCUAGGCCUUUAUGGAAAUAUAGUACAAUUGCUUUUCAUCUACCUAGCAAAUGA